GCCUUGCCAAAUAUUCUAGACAAUGUAGAUUUACGCGAACAGAAUCAUAAUCCUAGGCUUUAUUUGCAAAAGUAGGCACUUACUCCAAAAUUUAAGACUUAUGCCCCCCUGCUUCAAUAUUUCGAGGAAAGAUUAGCGUAAUAGUACUGUUAAUCCGUCUUGUCUUCCAUGAGAGACCUUUCAAUUAUUAUCGCUACCCUCUCCCUCUUCUUUUCGCUUCAGCAUGUUGCCAUUUGUGCACAAAUUUACACCCCACCUGAUAAUAUUGCUCUAGACUGUGGCUCCUCAACUUCAGGCAAUUCAGCAGUGCCAGGUGGUCGUAAAUGGACAGGGGACAAGGACUCAAAGGUGGCUCUCAUUGAAGAAUCUUCUAGCAAAUCAGUAUCUGCCACCGCCCUCUCCCAAAGCAGCUCCAUCCUUAGAGUCCCUUACUUGACUGCAAGAAUAUCUAUAUCCCAAUUCACCUACGUGUUUCCAGUUACUGCUGGACAAAAAUUUAUCAGACUUCAUUUCUAUCCUGCUCAGUACCAAGGCUUUGACAGGUCUAAAAACUUUUUCUCUGUCAAGGUAGGGUCUUAUUCACUACUCAAUAACUUCAGUGCUUCUCUUACUGCUCAGUAUUUAGGGGAAGCAUCAUUUUUUAAAGAGUUCUGUGUAAACUUGGAGCAGAAUCAAAGCCUCACUGUAACUUUUACUCCUUCUAUGAGCAUGUCUUAUGCUUUUAUCAAUGGAAUCGAGGUUGUUUCAAUGCCAACCAACCUCUACUACUCUCGUUUAGAUGAUCAAGGCCUUCCUUUCAUAGGUCAAGAAGCACAGUUCCAGAUUAAUAACUACACAGCACUUGAGAAUGUUCAUCGAUUGAACAUUGGGGGCAACUCAAUCCCCGCCGUGAACGAUACUGGCAUGUACAGAAACUGGUAUGAUGACUACUUUUAUCUGGUGCCAGCUGGCGUUGUAGCCAGUAACACGAGUAUUAAACUUGAUUAUUCUAUCAUACCACAAUACACUGCACCAGAUGAUGUGUAUAGAACAGCUAGAUCAAUGGGAAGCAACAGAACAGAGAACUUGUUGUACAAUUUAACAUGGAGGUUACCCGUUGAUUCUGGAUUCAGGUAUCUUGUUAGACUCCAUUUCUGUGAAUUUGAUCCAUAUGUAGAAACUGUGAGUGAUAGGCGAUUUAGCAUCUACAUAGAUAAUAAGACCGCAGAGGCAGCAUUUGAUGUGAUGGAAGCUUCUGGUGGUAAAGGGAGACCAAUGUAUAAAGACUAUGUGGUGAUGAUUGGGAACACUGGAGAUAAAAGUGAGUAUACCCUCUUCAUAGCUCUACAUCCUAAAAAUUUAUUUAGUGCUUAUGCAGAUGGUUUCCUGAAUGGACUUGAAGUCUUCAAACUGAACAACUCUGGUGGCAAUCUUGCUGGACCGAAUCCUGCGCCACAGGCCCCACCCGCUGGCAAUGAGGAAUCAAGUCCGAAAGCAAAGAAGUCCAACACAAAGAGGAAAUUGCUCUUUUCAAUUGGUGGAUGUGGGAUAGGCUUGUUAAUUAUACUAGUUUUAUUAUGUUGUAUCAUUGUUUGGCGACACAGAAAGAUGCACUGGUAUGGUGCCUACUGUAAAGGAUCAAGGUUUUGCUGCUGGAUGGAUCCUUACAAAAGGAAAUCAUUUUGGGCAAAAUCCUCAUCAUUGCCUGAUGAAUUGUGCCGUCACUUUUCGCUAGAUGAGAUCAAAGCUGCAACUAGUGACUUCCAUGAAGCUUUGAUUAUUGGGGUAGGUGGUUUUGGCAAUGUAUACAAAGGUUUCUUGGAUAAUGGUGAAACAAUAGCUGCCAUCAAGCGCUUGAAUCCUUUGUCUAGACAAGGUGCAAGGGAGUUCAAGACUGAGAUUGAGAUGCUCUCCCAGCUUCGGCACAUCCAUUUGGUCUCCCUGAUUGGAUAUUGCAAUGACAAUUCUGAGAUGAUCCUGGUGUACGAUUACAUGAUCAAUGGUACUCUACGUGAUCACCUAUAUGACACCAAAAAUGAUCCUCUAACAUGGAAGCAAAGACUCAAGAUAUGCCAUGGGGCAGCUAUUGGAUUGAACUACCUUCAUACAGAAGUGAAAUAUACUAUAAUUCAUCGUGAUGUGAAGACAAGCAACAUUCUCCUGGAUGAGAAAUUUAGUGCUAAAGUUUCCGAUUUUGGGUUGUCUAAGAUGGACCCCAAAAUUGACGUGGUCAAUACUGGAGUAAAGGGCACGUGGGGAUACUUAGAUCCUGAGUAUGCUCGGGGGCAUGCAUUAACUGAAAAAUCAGAUGUUUAUUCAUUUGGUGUAGUACUAUUUGAAGUAUUAUGCGCAAGGAAGGCUCUGGAUCAAAAAUUGGCAGUUGAUCAAGUGAAUCUAGCUCAUUGGGUUAAAAAAUGCAUUGCUGAUGGAACUCUUUAUCAAAUCAUUGAUCCACGACUAAGGGGAAAGAUAUCUCCAGAGUGUUUUAAGGUGUUUGUAGAAAUUGCAGAAAGUUGCAUACAAGAAGCGGGAGUCAAUAGGCCACUGAUGAAUGAUGUAAUGGAAAAGCUAGGAUUUGCGCUGGAGUUACAAGAGACUGCUGAUGCUGGAAAAGAGAAGAUCAAUCCUGCUGGUGAACAUAGCUACCAGGAUAUAUUGUUCCCCCUUGCUCGUGACAUCGAUGUUGAUACUUUAGGUUCUAAUGUUAUUGCAGCUCCUAAUCCCGUUCACGAUUCGGGCAGUUCUUUGUCUUAUGACAUAUUCUCAAGUACCAUUAGCCCAAAAGAAUUGUGAUGACUAGUUGGUGAUAUCUGGAGCUGUUGGUGUUUCUUUUUACAUCUCUGUUUCAUAUCAGUUUGUUGAGCUUUAUGUUAUGAUCUUUAGCAUUUUAGGGUUGACAUAAGAAAGGAAGUACGAGAGGCAGGUUUUAUUUUCAUUGAUGCAUACAGGAAGACAGCACUAUGUUGAGUCUGUUAUUGGGUUGAAUUUCUGGUGAAAGAAAACAACCCCAUUUUGUUUAAUGUGGGGUAUGAUAGUAUUAGGGUAUGAUAUUUAUAUUCCUAGGAGAGGAUGUUAAAUGUUUUUGAUUUGAUAAUGUGUGUACGAAGGAAGUAUCUUACUGUAAGGUGGUCAAAUUGCUUUAGGUAUGAGCAGUUCACGAUGUGUGGACUGUCUCCUCCCCUUUCCUUUUUUAAUAGUUUGGCUUUUUGCUAUUGACUGCUUAUGAAUCAGCUUUUUUGAUACGUAAUA